UUAUUUUUAUUUGGAUACAUUCUCUUUUUUAUUAUGAUCAAAAUCAUCUUCACGAUCUCUCCACAAAGUGAGGUGUAAACGAUGCUUCGUGCCUUCUCUUCUUGCUUUCUCCUCUUUAUUCUAACACUCAUAACCGUACCGGCGGCGGCCGGGGCUACAGAAUUCGUCUUCAACGGGUUCCAAGCCGGUGGACUCAUCCUCAACGGCGCCGCCGAGAUAGAGGUCACCGGCCUCCUCCGCCUCACCAACGCCACAAACCAAGAAUUCAGCCACGCAUUCUACCCAACCCCUUUCCCCUUUCUCAACUCCUCCGGCGAACCCUCCUCAUUCUCCACUUCCUUCGUCUUCGCUAUCGUCCCACACUACACAGAAAUCAGUUCCGAAGGUCUCGCCUUUGCCAUCUCCCCUACCCCAAACCUCUACUCCACCCUUCCCAGCCAGUUCCUCGGUCUCUUUAACCUCUCCAGCAACGGCCAACCCACCAACCACAUCGUCGCUGUUGAGCUUGACACCAUUGAGAACAGGGAGUUUGACGACAUCAACGACAACCACGUCGGCAUCAACUUAAAUAGCUUAACUUCCGUCGUCGCCGCUCCGGCUUCAUACGCCCAAAGCUCUUCCCUUUUUCGAAAUUUGAGCUUGAUUAGCAGCCAGACAAUGCGAGUUUGGGCAGAGUAUGAUGCGAAGAAGAUGGAGUUUAAUGUGACAUUAGCUCCCUUUAGUAGCCCGAAGCCGUUUUUACCUCUUAUGUCUUACACCAUCAACCUCUCCUCAGUUCUUCUAAGCGAAAUGUACGUGGGGUUCUCUUCUUCCACCGGUGCAGCCGCCGGUUCGCAUUACAUUCUCGGAUGGAGCUUCAGUUUGAACGGCAGAGAAGCAGAGCUCCUAGCUUCUAAUCUCCCGUCUCUUUUGGAACUUCCAGAUGACAAAAAGAGAAAAAAAGCGAUUCUCUUUUGGUUUCCGGUAACCAUCAUCGUGUUUCUCGUAAUGGUCUUAGGUUCUCUCUUUCUAGUGUUUAAGCAAAGGAGGAGACUUGCAGAGGCGGCAGAGGAAUGGGAAACCGAGUACGGUCUGCAGAGACUGUCAUACAGAGAUCUACACAAAGCGACUAGAGGUUUCAGCGUUGAGAACCUUCUAGGAAACGGGGGAUUUGGCGAAGUAUACAAAGGCGUGCUGUCCAAAUCAAAGCAAGAGAUUGCAGUAAAAAGAAUCUCCCAUGAUUCGAGACAGGGAAUGAAGGAAUUCAUAGCAGAGAUUGCAACCAUCGGCCGGCUCCGCCACCGGAACUUAGUUCAGCUCCACGGAUACACACGAAGCCAAGGACAACUCAUCCUUGUCUACGAUUUCAUGCCCAACGGCAGCCUCGAUCAUUACCUUUUCAACAGAGUGGAGCAAUCUCUCACAUGGACACAAAGAUUUAACAUCAUCAAAGGCAUCGCGGCAGGGCUGCUUUAUCUACACGAGGAAUGGGAACAAGUGGUGCUUCACAGGGACAUUAAGGCGAGCAAUGUCCUCCUCGACGCUGAUUUCAACGGAAAGCUCGGAGACUUCGGGCUCGCAAGGCUACACGACCGCGGGAGCAUGGCGGAGACGACGCGUGUGGUUGGAACGCUGGGUUAUCUCGCUCCGGAGCUGUCUAGAACGGGGAAAUCGACAACCAGCUCUGAUGUUUUUGCUUUCGGGGCGUUUCUCCUAGAAGUCGCUUGCGGGAAGAAACCAGUUGAGUUUAAGACGACUGGAGUGGAGCUCGUGCUUGUGGACUGGGUACUGGAGUUUAUGGAGAGAGGAGAGUUGAUUGAAGCAAGGGAUAGGAGAUUGGGGAAUACGUUUGUUGUAAAAGAGAUGGAGAUGGUUUUGAGUUUAGGAUUGAUGUGUUCUUCGCCGGCGGCGGUGGCGCGGCCGAGAAUGAGGCAGGUGGUGCAGUAUUUGGAAGGGGAAUUGAGUAUUCCGGCGUUGACGGAGGAGGAUUUGCUUAUUUUCCAUUCUGGUUCUAUGAAGAAGAGGUUGCUUGGGGAUGCCAGUCUUUCCGGCUCCGGCGAUGGAACUGUGGCGGCGAUAGGGAGUUCAGGUUGGGAUCAUGGUGCCGGCUUGUCACUUUUUGGGAGAUGAGAUCGUCGUCCAUGUGUUUGAUGGAAGUGCUCUUGCCAGCGUGAAUACAUUGCUUUUGUCCCAUGUUCUGUAAUAUAGUGUAUGUGGGAAUUUAUUUAACGUUGUCCGGAUUUUAAUAUAAAUAUAUAAUUUUAUAUUUUAAACAUUCAA